AUGACACAUUUUACACCUUAUUACAAAGACAUAGAGUCCACACACGAAGAGCGAGCGCGCCUUCUCCACGUAGACCUGGAACUGCUGGUAGGCGAGCCGCGCCAUCUAUACGCCUUCAUGCAACACGUCAAGUCUACGAGCCAACUGCAGCUCCUACAGUUUUAUAAGGACAUCAACAUAGGGUCCACACACGAGGAGCGAGCGCGCCUUCUCCACGUAGACCUGGAACUGCUGGUGGGCGAGCCGCGCCAUCUAUACGCCUUCAUGCAACACGUCAAGUCUACGAGCCAACUGCAGCUCCUACAGUUUUAUAAGGACAUCAGGUCCACACACGAAGACAGAGCACGACUUCUCCACGUAGACCUGGAACUGCUGGUGGGCGAGCCGCGCCAUCUAUACGCCUUCAUGCAACACGUCAAGUCUACGAGCCAACUGCAGCUCCUACAGUUUUAUAAGGACAUCAACAUAGGGUCCACGCACGAGGAGCGAGCGCGCCUUCUCCACGUAGACCUGGAACUGCUGGUGGGCGAGCCGCGCCAUCUAUACGCCUUCAUGCAACACGUCAAGUCUACGAGCCAACUGCAGCUCCUACAGUUUUAUAAGGACAUCAACAUAGGGUCCACGCACGAGGAGCGAGCGCGCCUUCUCCACGUAGACCUGGAACUGCUGGUGGGCGAGCCGCGCCAUCUAUACGCCUUCAUGCAACACGUCAAGUCUACGAGCCAACUGCAGCUCCUACAGUUUUAUAAGGACAUCAACAUAGGGUCCACGCACGAAGAGCGAGCGCGCCUUCUCCACGUAGACCUGGAACUGCUGGUGGGCGAGCCGCGCCAUCUAUACGCCUUCAUGCAACACGUCAAGUCUACGAGCCAACUGCAGCUCCUACAGUUUUAUAAGGACAUCAACAUAGGGUCCACGCACGAGGAGCGAGCGCGCCUUCUCCACGUAGACCUGGAACUGCUGGUGGGCGAGCCGCGCCAUCUAUACGCCUUCAUGCAACAUGUCAAGUCUACGAGCCAACUGCAGCUCCUACAGUUUUAUAAGGACAUCAACAUAGGGUCCACGCACGAGGAGCGAGCGCGCCUUCUCCACGUAGACCUGGAACUGCUGGUGGGCGAGCCGCGCCAUCUAUACGCCUUCAUGCAACACGUCAAGUCUACGAGCCAACUGCAGCUCCUACAGUUUUAUAAGGACAUCAAACUGUUUCAGACCAAGCUUCUAGAUCCAAACCUAAAGCCGAAUGAAGAGGAACAAGCUACAUUAUUCCGCGAAGCGACUGAGCUGCUGGCUCGUCGUGGUAACACGAGCGUUAUACAUAAUGGAGACCUGAAGAGAUUGCAAACGUGCCCCGAGAUCUUCACGGCGGCGAAUGAGGUGCAAGCGGUGCUUGAAAAUGUGUUGCUGCCCCGUUUCUUACACAGUGACGAGUAUUAUAAAAUAUUGAUUGGAUCAAGAAUACCUACAGGCUACCAAAAACAAAACAAGAGGGCACCACCAGUCCGCGCUAGGGGCGCUCCACGCGCGCCCACCACAGGCCUGGUGCUAGAGCACUGCGGCAACGAAGACGGCGACGACGGAGCCCUGCUGGCGUGCCUGGAGCACCUCGCCGACGAGCUGGACGACCUGGUCACGUACAAAGUUGUACUAACCAGCGUCGACAUCAGAAUGCAAGCGCCUCCCCGCACCGGCACCGUCCGCGUGUUCACGCUGUGCGUGUACUGCGUGGAGCGCGGCGCCGAGCCCCGCGCCUGGAGCGUGGAGCGCAGCGAGCACGACUUCCACCUGCUGCGGAGCAAGCUGCACGAGUUCCACGGCGAGCGCCUGCUGCAGGACCUGCCGCUGCCGUCCCGGAGAGAUAACAGCCCAUUGGAAACGCUUCGCUACAAAUACGAGGACUUCCUCCAGCGCGCCUUAGAAGCGCCUUUACUCCAGAGCUCCGCACUGCUUCGGCUGUUCCUCUCUUGCACCGAUUUCGCCCUCGCGGCGGCCGCAGCCGCUUUAAAUGGACCAGAUAUAGGGAAUAUGGUCACGGCGGUUACACAUAGGCUGAGGAAGGAGAAGGGACAGCAUUUGGAAUCGUUUUUGAGGAAUUUUCUAUUGUCUGCUGAUUUGGAGCGAUAUCAAGCGCUGAAGCAAGGUUCGGGCGUAGAAGAGGCUCUCGAAGUGAGCGAAGACGUGAGCAAACGGCCGCGUCGCCGCGACAUCAGAGAAUCUGUAUUUGGCAACAAUUUUGAUGUCGAACCCAGUGGGGAAAUCAUCGAUGGCAGCUAUCAAGAUAAAGUGAAGGGGUUCACGCAGUGUCUUAUGUAUUUAUUAAUAAAAGUGAUCCACGCGCGCGGCUGGCUCGUGCACGUGGUCGGCGGAGCGGUCGCGGCCGCGCGGCGCGGUGUAGACGACGCUUUAGAGCACUGGCUCAACAACACGCUCGCCACGAGUCUGUGUGAACGGCGGCUCGCGCAUCUUAUCAGACUAGGCCAUGGUGAGUGA